AUGUCAGUCGAACGACAGCCCAGCGCCUCGACACAGGAGAAAGAGUCGCACAAUGGCAACUCGCCAACGCUGCAAAAGACCAACACAACCGCGACGAAGAAGAGGAAACUGCCGCCGUUUCUGGACCACUUCAAUACGCGCGACCUCAAGAUUCUCUUCCGCUGCUCGGUCGCCUUCUGGGUCACCUCGCUACUCAUCGUCAUCGAGCCCACGUUGCAGACUUUCGGCAAUGCCACCUUCUUUGGCUGUAUCGUCGUCGUCUUCUUGCCUCCUUCUGGAGUCGUGCUCGUCUUCCUCCUGGGCGCCUUUACCAUGAUUCUGGGCAUGGGUCUAGCAUGGGCAUGGGGUGUUGUCGCCAUGAAAGCCGCCCAAGCGACCAGACCACAAGCCGAGACCCUAGCCCGUUUGCAGGCCUUGGGCAUACAAGCCGCGAAGAAUACGGGCGCGACCACAUACUCUCCUGCCAGUGUCUUGGUCUACAAUGGCUUCAUGCUCGACACCAGAGUUACCGUCACCUUCUUCUGCAUGUUGUCUCUCUUCAUCUACUUCAUGGCCAGACUCCGCAUCAAAGCGCCCAAAUUCGCCCUCACUGCCAUCUUUGCUUGGAUUGUCACCGACGUCUUCCUAACCAUCGGUCCUCUGCUUCCUUCGUUCCAGGGCACGAUCCCUCAAGUUUUGAUCAAACCCGCCGCCGCUGCCAUCGCCAUCAGUCUUGCUUGUUCGAUGCUCAUCUUCCCUGAGUCGACUUCCCACAUGACCUUGUUCGGCAUGCACAAGCUUGUCACAUCCAUGGCCAGCUCUCUCGACCUCACCAGGAGCUUCCUCAACAACUACCCUGACACAUCCCACCUGGAAUCAAUGCAGGCCCUGAGAGCUGGAGUGCUCGGAGGUUGGGCUGCUCUCGAGCCGGCAUUCGGCUUCCUAUCCUUUGACCUCUCCUUCGGCCACUGGAGUGCUCAAGACAUUGCCUCGCUGCGGGAGCCUGUCCGUCGUGUCAUGAUCGGCUCCAUGAGUCUGCUUGCUUUUGAGAUUCUCCAAGGGCGAUCGCGGGACAGGAUGAAGCAGCUUGCAUCCAACGACAUCAGAACUCAAGAGCUGGCAGGAAAGGAAGACAAACAGAAGAAGCACACAUACGGGAGACACCAAGUCAUGCAGAGUCUAAAUCUCGUCGAUGCGCUCCGCGAACCAGAAGCUGUUCAGUCAGUUUCUGACUCGUACCAAGCAUUAUCACGAGCGAGUGAUCCGCUACUCGAAGCUUGCAAGAGCGCGUUCCAAGCCAUGGCACAUAGCAUCCACGAGAACAACAGCAGAAGAUGGUUUGGCAGGAUGUCUGCUGAGCAAUUCGCAGAGAUGAGGCAGUCACAUGUUGAUGUGCUCGAACACUUGCGUGAGGAGAGGGCCAAGUUUCCUGACGUCGCCAACGAAGCGCUGUUCGCGUCUCACCAACAUCUGUUCGACGAGAAUGGCAGGUUCCACGGACAGACUUCGGAGAGGCGCAAGCUGGGUGGCAUGUUCUUCGGCUUCAACUUCGAAGACCGCCUCCUGAUCUUGGCUGCGGCGCUUGAGCGAGCUCUGGAACAAAUCACCCUUCUUGAAAAAGAGCGUACCAAAGUGAGGAUCUGGUUUCCGACAGGUCUACGCAAGUUCGGGGCCUGGGCAUUCGGUGGCUCGCGUGCACCAGCAAUCGGUGCUUCGUCGAUCGAUGACAUGCCUCAAGCAGACAAGGCGACCAUCGAAGAACUGCAGCAAAGUUUCAAACGAGUACACAAGCCGACAAGAAAGCGCAACAAGAUCUCCUCGGUGAUUCUCGGCUUUGGACAAUGGUUGAGAAACGAUGAGGGCAUCUUUGCUUUGCGAGUACUUGUUGCCACUCUUGCAGCAGCUAUACCUGCAGUGUGUACCACAUCGGCUGGUUUCUACUAUCGCGAGAAGGGACUAUGGGCCCUGAUCAUGGCACAAACCGGCACGGCUUCUUUCUCAGCCGAGUUCAACUUCGCAUUCACGACCAGAAUCUUCGGCACCAUCACAGGAGGUGUGCUAGGCAUGCUUGGAUGGUAUAUUGGAAGCGGCAGUGGUACUGGAAAUCCUUAUGGCUUGGGGGCUGUUCUCGCUGUCUAUGCUGUGAUACUGAUGUGGUUCCGCCUCUAUACCCCACCUCAGCUACUCCAGGCAGUGAUGAUUGGUGGUGCUACGGUCAUUCUGGUCAUCGGAUAUGGCUACAUUGACACCCACAUUCCUACUUACGGCAACCCAGGAUGGGGCUAUGAAGUCUUCUGGCGGCGUACAGUCCUCGUCCUCGUCGGAUUCGCCAUCUCGUUCAUCGUGACUUUACUUCCCUGGCCUUCGUCACUCUCAAGGAACAUUGCCCACAAGCUUUCUGGUGUACUCGACAACGAGGCCGAUCACUAUGCCGCACUACUGUCUUCGUGGUCUGAUCUCGAUUCUCACGAUAAACAUACUGUUGCUGUCGAGGCAGUGACCAUCCAGCUCGCCGGACAACUGAAUGCCUUGAGCGGUCCCAUCGGAAGUCUCAAGUUCGAGCUGUCGUCCAGUGUUUUUGACUCGACGACCUGCGGGCGCAUCAAGUCAAUCGCAGAGUUUAUCAACUACCAACUCGCGCAUUUACACAUUCGCGCCGCCACACUGACACCCGAGCUGCGUCACCGCUUCACCAACGCAUCUGGAAUCCUCGAUCACCGUUCCAUUGCAGAUGUCAUGGUUGUGAUGAGUAUCGUUGCCCAGAGCUUGAAGACCGGCGAUCCUUUGCCUGCGCGACUGCCGACGCCACUGCUGAAGAAGUGUCUGGAGCAUGGACAUGGCACAGCUGUCGAGAACUUGACCAUCGAUGUAUUGAAGAAGGAGGGUGUCAGAGGAUAUACUGUUUGCAUGAGCGCGUACCUCGGGUUUCUGUCGGGUAUCGACGAGCUCGUACUCGCGCUCAAAGAGGCAGUUGGUGAAGCACACCAUAUUCCUGAUGAUCUGAAACUUGCUUGA